GCUUGCUCUCCGCCGAUCUGGUGCGCUCGAUCGACCCCACACCCCACUCGCCCCCCCCCACAUCCAGCGUGCCUCCAGAAUGAGCUCUGCCUCUCUCCGAUCUGCCGGGGCUGUCCGCAUGCUUUGCGCCGCUCGCUGGGCCGUCCGCCCGACGUUGCUGGCGACUCCCACGAUCGCCCAGGCUGCCUCCAGCGCCGUGCGUCUGUACUCGUCCCUCGGCGCUGCCUUCGAUCCCAACCCGGUGAUCCAGUCCGCCAUUGACACCUCCUCGGACGAGUUCAAAGAAAAUGCCAAGCGCAUGGAUGUUCUGACCCAAAAGCUCCGUGCUGAUGUCGACAAGAUCAAGCUGGGCGGCGGUGAGGAGGCCAGGAAGCGACAUCUCUCGCGCAAGAAGCUACUCCCCCGCGAUCGCAUCGACGCUCUUCUGGAUCCUGGAUCCCCGUUCCUUGAGCUCUCUCAGUUUGCCGGCUACAAUCUCUACGACGACCACGUUCCCGCCGGCGCCAUCAUCACUGGCAUUGGCCGGGUUAGCGGGGUGGAAUGCAUGAUCGUCGCCAACGACUCGACCGUCAAAGGCGGAACCUAUUAUCCCAUUACGGUCAAGAAGCAUCUCCGCGCACAGGAAAUCGCAAAGGAGAAUCGACUUCCUUGCAUCUAUCUUGUCGACAGCGGUGGUGCCAACCUGCCCAACCAGGCCGAUGUCUUCCCUGACAAGGAGCAUUUUGGACGUAUCUUCUUCAACCAAGCCAACCUCUCUGCAGCCGGCAUUCCACAGGUCGCUAUAGUUAUGGGCUCCUGCACGGCUGGUGGUGCCUACGUUCCCGCCAUGGCCGACGAGAGUGUCAUUGUCAAGCGACAGGGCACCAUUUUCCUGGCCGGCCCUCCGCUUGUCAAGGCCGCCACGGGCGAGGACGUUUCCGCCGAGGAGCUUGGUGGUGCGGAUCUCCACUGCAAGACUUCCGGUGUCACCGACUACUAUGCGCACUCGGAUGAGCACGCGCUUGCGCUUGGCCGCCAGAUCAUCUCCAACCUCAACUUCAAGAAGGACAUCCAGACGACGAUCUACCCACCAGAGGAGCCGAUCUACAGCCCCUCUGAGAUUGGCGGCAUCGUUGGCGACAACUUGAGGAAACCCUACGAUAUCAAGGAGGUCAUUGCGCGUAUUGUUGACGGCAGUCGCUUCAGCGAGUUCAAGCAGUACUACGGUCGCCAGCUCGUCACCGGAUUCGCUCAUAUCCACGGUUAUCCCGUUGGCAUUGUGGCCAACAAUGGCAUUCUCUUCUCCGAGUCUGCCCUCAAGGGUGCCCACUUUGUCGAGCUUUGUAGCCAGCGCAAGAUUCCCCUGGUCUUCCUCCAGAACAUCACCGGCUUCAUGGUCGGCAAGAGUGCCGAAGCAGGCGGAAUCGCCAAGAACGGCGCCAAGAUGGUUACGGCUGUUGCCUGCGCCAAUGUCCCCAAGUUCACGGUCCUGUGCGGCGGUUCAUUCGGUGCUGGCAACUAUGGCAUGUGCGGUCGCGCCUACAGUCCCCGCUUCCUGUGGAUGUGGCCGAAUGCCCGGAUCAGUGUCAUGGGCGGUGAACAGGCAGCCGGAGUUUUGUCUCAGAUCACCCGCGACGCCAAGGCAAAGAAGGGCCAGCAGUGGAGCGCUGAGGCCGAGGCCGAGUUCAAGAAGCCGAUCCAGGAGCGUUACGAGGCCGAGGGCCACCCCUACUUUGCCAGCGCCAGGCUCUGGGACGACGGCAUCAUCGAUCCGGCCGAUACCCGCAAUGUUCUGGGCCUGGCCCUUAGCGCGGCUCUCAACGCCCCUGUCCAAGACACCAAGUUUGGUGUCUUCCGCAUGUAAUAUAACGACCGCGGUCGUGGGCACGAUGUGGAUCGAGACCGCCGAGCAGGCAGCAACGACACCAGCGAGAAGGAUCUUCGGCGAGUCCUCGUUGGCUCUGCGUCCUCAAGCGCAAGAGCCAGUUUGCUCGUGUGUAGAAUGUAUUGAGUGAGAAGAAACGAAGACAGGACGGAGGGGUGGGGAGGCACCGAUUGGCCUCCACCGA